CCACACUCCGGCUCUCACACUAGCUUGCUCCACAGCAAUGGUACAUACACAACAUCACAAGACGGCCGACGGAGCCUCGAUUGCCUAUCGGAUUCAUGGGAGCGGAAAAGGGGUUCCAUUGGUAUUGAUCAUGGGCUUGUCGGGGGUCAUGGACGAUUGGAGUCCGCUGGUGGAGGAGCUUGCAAAGUCUCGCAAAGUUCUCAUUUCGGAUCACAGAGGAAUUGGCGAGUCUACUGUACCUGAAGACUGGGAUUCGGAUCUCAACCACGACGUCAUGAGCGACGACAUUCUCUCCGUCCUUGCCGCGCUAGGUUCAGACUGGUCCACUCUCGACAUUCUCGGUUGGUCCAUGGGCGGGCACAUCCUUCAACGUCUCCUCACCCGUCCCGACUCGACGGUGACCACGCGCGGAACCAUCGAACUGCUCAAGGGCAAAGUGGAAGUGCGGAAAGCGAUCUUGGCGGCUACCAUGACCAAGAUGCCUCGAGGAGACAUCAACAUGGCCCAGAUGCAAGAGGAAGCGGGCAAGAUCAAGGAUGGCAAGAAGCGUAAGCGAUGGGCAACGGAGCAAAUGCUUGCGUACCAGUACGACGUCGCCUCCCUCGAGAAGGACGAGCGGCUCAACAAGAUCAUGCAGGACCGCAUCGAGGUGUCCCUGAAUACGACGAGACCCCAGGAGAUGAUAGCAAUGCAGGCUGGAGCCAUUGGCCAGUAUCGCUCGCGCGAUGAUCUGGGAAGGAUACCGGAGAGUGUACCGGUGCUGAUCAUUCACGGGAAGUUGGAUAGGAUGGUGCAUUACAAGGAGAGUGAGCCUUUCGAGAAGGGCAUCGCCCACGCGAAGAGAGUCGACCUCAGUGAUGGAGUCAAGGAGGCCCAGGACGGGCAAUAUGGACAUUUUUGGUUCGACUACUUUGAGCCCAGCUUUUGGGCGGGCAAGAUCAACGCCUUCUUGGACGGCAGCACGGCCACACAAGCAAAGCUGUAG